AGAAUAAAGAAAUGAAAUUAUUAUAUGCAUUAUUAAUUAUCCUUAUUAUUGCCCAUGCUUGUUUUGCCGAGCAACCCAAUGCCAAACCCAAUAAUAAAAAAGUACAAUAUUCAAAUGCAAAAUCAGAAACCAAUAACGAAAAUAAUAACAACAAAAAAGUCAAUGAUGCAAACAAUAAUAAUGCCAAUAAUGUUAACAAUAAUCAAGAAUCAGAGUUCCAUUUACCAUGGUUCAUCCAUACAGACAAACAAGAAUUUGAACUAUUUACAAAUGAAGUAUUAUUAAGUGUCCAAAAAUCAAUCAAUUCAAAAAAUGUUGAUGAAACAAACAAUAGCAAUAAUUGUAUUAGAGCCGCCUUUGAUAAACUUGACAAUUCAAAUAAAAAUGCUGCAUCUUCUCAAGAGGUUCCAUCUUUUAAUUACUUUAUUAAAUUAAUUUCAGAAUUCUCAAAGAAAUGUAACAUUGAAGCUGCUACCAAUAAAUUAGUAAACUCACUCAACUACAUUUAUUCAAAUGGCUUCAAAUCAUUCAUUCCAUACUAUUACAAUAAUUUAUCAAAUGAACAACAAGUCGUCAAUUGUUUCAAAUCUGCCGUUAGCUAUUCAUAUGACCGUUCUUUACAAGCUGAUAAAUUAGGAUCAUGUUUUGCCGGAGUUUUAGUAAAUGAAAAACAACAACAACAAGUUCAACAAAAACAACAACAAAUUGAACAACAAGCUCAACAACAACAAGCUCAACAACAACAAGCUCAACAAGCUCAACAAGCUCAACAACAAGCUCAACAACAAGCUCAACAAAUUGAACAACAACAAGCUCAAAAAGCUCAACAACAAGCUCAACAACAACAAAAAGCUGAACAACAAAUGCAAAAACAAGCUGAACAAAAAAAAAUUGAACAACAAAUCCAACAAGAAGUUGAAAAAUACCAAAAAGAACAAGCUCAAUUAAAUAAAAACUAAAUUAAAAAAUAAAGUAAAAGUAUCAUUUUAAAAUUAAAAU